AUGGAGCGCUUGCAGGAGUCGAUGCAGAUUGAUUUCAAUCAUCCAACCUUCUUGAUAUCUCGAUUACAAUCUAUCAGUAUAAUAGUCGCCUCUACAGCACUUGUCUUCACAGGAUGUGGAAUUAACUUCGCAUUCGGUGUCUUUCAAGAGCUAUAUGAAUCCAUGGCAAAGGAGCCUAACACACCCUUUACGGGUGCCACGCCCGCUCAGAUCGACUUAAUCGGCACUCUCUCCAUUGCGCUGCUGAACAUCGGGGCUCCAUUCGCAACGACAUGGAUCAAACAAUACCCCCCUCGUAAUGUUAUCUGGGCAAGUGGGAUCGUCUACUCUGGUGCCUUGAUUCUGGCGAGCUUCAGUCAAGCCUUGUGGCAAUUCGUUCUCACACAAGGAUGUCUUUCGGGGAUCGGAGCUUGUCUCCUCUACAUGCCGUCUGUAACGGUAGCACCAACUUGGUUCUCUCUUCAUCGUGGGCUAGCAAUGGGCAUCAUUCUAGCAGGAACCGGGGUCGGUGGUGUUGCAUGGCCCCUUGCCUUCAGGCAUCUCAUUGACUCUGUUGGAUUUCGCAAUACGCUUCGCAUAACUGCGGGUAUAUCUUUCGUACUCAUCUGCGGAUCGGGGGUGUUCAUCCGUUGGCCAGAGAAUCAACUUGCUCGUAUCCAAGCUGAGAAUGGAGCUUUUUCCCGCUCAUCUAACUUGUUUAUCCUGCCACGGGUUGACUGGAGGGUUGCUAGAAGCCGCAAGUUUCUCGCACAUGCUCUCGGUGCAGCCCUGCAGUCUGCAGCGUACUAUACGCCUGUGUUUUUCUUUGCUUCUUUUGCACGCACACUAGGAUACUCUCAGGCAACUUCGGCAAAUUUCAUUGCGAUAUCCAAUGCUGCAAAUGCACUUGGAAAGGUUGUCAUCGGCUACGGGGCAGAUCGAAUGGGCAGACUCAACACACUGGUUUUGACAACUCUCUUAUCAGCGAUCUCCGUCCUCGCCCUGUGGCUUCCUUCCUGUUUAACCACGACCCAGUCGAGUGGAAGCAAUCUGUUCAUAGCUUUCACUAUUCUCUAUGGCAUCUUCGCAUCGGCAUAUGUGGCUCUGUUCCCAACAUGUUUGGUCGAGCUGUUCGGCGUACAGAACUUUGCUAGUGUCAACGGCCUGCUGUAUAUGAUCCGAGGCUUUGCCAGCUUACUUGGAACACCAGUUGCAGGUGCACUAAUCAGAGGUCACCACCAGAAGAACAUGGGCCCUCGAAGCUAUGAGAAUACCAGCAUUAUGGUUGGUGUUCUGAUGGCCGUUGCGACUUUGGCUGUUGUCUGGGCCCGGCUUGAAGCCACUCUCACUCUAGAUGGGAGUCAAGGCCACAGGAGGAAGUGGCUAAUGUAG